AUGAACAUCUUCCGUCGAUCUAUGAGCUUUGGCUCCUCACACUCAUCACGUCCCUCGACCAUCGACUCGGCAUCCGAUACCGCAAGCUCUAGAACGAGCAUAGAUUCCACCUUUGAAGAGUACGAGAUUACAGACUCCCUGGCUACAAUCAAACCCUCACCACAGUCACCGAAAGCUCCAGUACUUACUCUCCCACUCGAGCUUAUCCAGCAAGUCAAUACGUAUCUCGACACUGCGUCGGCAGCAGCCUUCUGUCUAUCCGGCCGCUACAUCUACUACGCUCUCGGCACCGAAGUUCUGUCUCGCCAUGUCAAGGGAAGCAAGAAUCGUUUUGAGAAGAGAAAGAUUAUCGAGGCGGUAGUAGAGCGCGCCUUUCCCGGCCAUUGGUUCUGCGGCUGGUGUGACAAAUUCCAUGCAUGGGCCGCGGAAGAAGGGCCAAAGAACCAGCAAUAUUCAAGAAAGAGGAGAGACUGUGCCGACUAUAACAGCUACUUAGACGCUGGAGACGGCUACAAACUUCGCUUUCACCACGUUCGACUUGCCAUCAACCGCGCAUCACGGGGAGACGAUCACGGCAUUCCCCUAUCUGCGUUUACUUACGAGAAGAAAGAUAUGGCGCGCAUCUCCAGGACACCCGUUCCUACCAAACUCACUGUCUCCGCCAGGAUAGUCAACGGCCGAUUCUUGCUGCAUAGUUCUUACGCCAUUGUGUUGCCAGCCUUUACGACGCGUAAUCGCAACCUUUUAAAGUCGCUCUGGCCUCUCCUCCCACACAUUGUCACAGGCCACCGCGAUACGCCAAACGGCCACACGGGUAUCAUGGCCGCCAUCGACAACGUCAUCCGCCGAGGCUGGAAGUACCAGUUCACGCAGAACUGCUCCACCUGUCAGGUUGGUGGUGCAGAGCUGGCGGGAUCUGGGUACGGGAAGGACGCCGUUCGAGACAGGAUGGAGAGCGCAUGGAGUAGGAAGCUGUGCUGA